AUGGGUCGACAUAUGUCGAAUAAUAUUCGAUGCACCUUCUCUGAUGGAAAUUCGGGAUUUUUACGUGCGGCACGAGCAGGAAAUCUCGAGAAGGUUUUGGAAUACCUUCGUUCAUCUAUUGAUAUAAAUACAAGCAAUGCUAAUGGAUUAAAUGCAUUACAUUUAGCAUCCAAAGAGGGUCAUGUAAAUAUUGUCCAAGAGCUUCUUUCGCGUGGUGCCAAUGUUAAUUCAGCGACGAAGAAAGGAAAUACAGCUCUUCAUAUUGCAUCAUUGGCUGGUCAGGAAGAAGUUGUCAAACUUUUAGUUAAAUAUAAUGCUAAUAUUAAUUGUCAAUCACAAAAUGGUUUUUCUCCUUUGUAUAUGGCUGCACAGGAGAAUCAUAUUGAAGUAGUGAAAUUUCUGCUUGCUAAUGGCGCUAAUCAAAGUUUAGCUACAGAGGAUGGUUUUACACCUUUGGCUGUUAGCCUUCAACAAGGUCAUGAUAAAGUGGUAGCUAUUCUGUUGGAAAAUGAUUCAAAAGGUUCAAAAGUACGUCUGCCCGCAUUACAUAUUGCUGCAAAGAAGAACGAUACAAAAGCUGCCGCCUUACUUUUACAAGGUGAAACUCAACCGGAUCUUAAUUAUAAGGAAGGAGGAUUUGUCAAUUGUACAACAAAGUCCGGAUUUACUCCAUUACAUAUCGCAGCUCAUUAUGGAAAUUUGGAAGUGGCACAAUUAUUAAUUACUCGUGGUGCUGAUGUUAAUUAUGCAGCAAGUCAAAAUAUAACACCAUUACAUGUCGCAUCAAAAUGGGGUAAAGAAAAUAUUGUUAAAUUAUUACUUGAAAAAGGCGCACAAAUUGAUGCUAAAACAAAAGAUGGCCUUACACCACUUCAUUGUGCUGCUCGAUCAGGUCAUGAUCAGGUAGUUGAUUUAUUACUUGAAAGUGGUGCUCCAUUUGGUGCAAAAACUAAAAAUGGUCUCUCAGCACUUCAUAUGGCUGCACAAGGUGAUCAUGUUGAUGCAGCACGUAUUUUACUGUAUUAUAAAUCUACAUUAGUCGAUGACGUUAGUUCGGAUUAUCUUUCGGCUUUACAUGUUGCAUCUCAUUGUGGAAAUUAUAAUGUUGCUAAACUUUUAUGUGAACGUCGUGCUGAUGUUAAUGCUAAAGCUUUAAAUGGUUUUUCAUGUUUACAUAUAGCAUGUAAAAAAAAUCGUUUAAAAUUAGUUGAAUUAUUAAUAGCUAAUGAUGCUGAUAUUGAAGCUCGAACAGAAUCAGGUUUAACUAGUUUACAUGUUGCAGCAUUUGUUGGUAGUCAUGAUAUUGUUAUUUAUUUAUUACAACAUGGAGCUGAUAUUGAUGCAGUAACGAUACGUGGUGAAACACCAUUACAUUUAGCAACACGUAAUAAUCAAGUUGAAAUUGUUCAAACAUUACUUCAUUAUGGUGCAACAGUUGAUGCUAAAGCUAAAGAAGCACAAACAUGUUUACAUUUAGCAACACGUUUGGGAAAUAUUGAAAUUGUUAAUUUAUUAUUAAAAGCUAAUGCAUUUGUUGAUAAUGAAACAAAAGAUGGAUAUUCAAGUUUACAUAUUGCUGCUAAAGAAGGACAUGAAGAAAUAGCUAGUUUAUUAAUUGAUCAUGGAGCUAAUUUAAAUUUAUUCACUAAAAGAAAUUUUUCAGCAUUACAUAUCUGUAGUAAAUAUGGUAAUAUUAAAGUUGCUAAUCUUCUUCUACAAAAAGGCGCUACACCAGAUAUUCAAGGCAAAAAUGAUUUAACACCAUUACAUUGUGCUGUUCAUUAUAAUCAUAGUAAUAUUGCAUUACUUUUAUUACAACAUGGUGCUAGUCCACAUGUAACAGCACGUAAUGGUUAUACGCCAUUACAUAUAGCUGCAAAAAAAAAUGCUCUUGAUAUUGCUGAAAUGUUAUUAGAAUAUAAUGCUAAUACAAAUGCUCAAUCAACGGGUGGUUUUACACCAUUACAUUUAAGUUGUCAAGAUGGUCAUUCUGAUAUGACUUAUCUUCUUUUAGCUAAUCAUGCCGAUCCAAAUAUAGCAUCAAAAUGUCAUUUAACACCAUUACAUUUAUGUGCACAAGAAGAUCGAGUUAAAUGUGCUGAAGCAUUAGUCAAUAAAAAUGCUGAUAUUAAUGCACAGACACUUAGCGGUUAUACAAGUUUACAUGUUGCUUGCCAUUUUGGUCAAAUCAAUAUGGUUCGUUAUUUACUUAAACUUGGAGCCAAUGUUAAUAUUGAAACAAAUCUCAUGUUUACACCACUUCAUUCAGCUGCUCAACAAGGUCAUGUUAUGAUUGUUAAAUUAUUACUUGAAUAUGGUGCAUCACCAAAUAAAACAAAUAAACAUGGAAUGACAGCUUUAUCAAUUGCACAACGUCUUGGUUAUAUAUCUGUUGUUGAAGAACUUAAAGUUGUUACUGAAACAACAAUAGCUAGUAAACAUGAAUUAAUAACUGAAGAGCGUUAUAAGAUUCAAGCACCAGAAGUUUCACAUGAAGAACAUCCAUUAACUGAUUCGGAAGAUGAAACAGCUUCUCUAGCUGAAGAUAAUAUUGAAGUAAUUUAUCCUGAGAUUGGAUAUUUUGCAUCGGCAAACACUAUUGACAAUGUUAAAAUACAUAAAAAGUCGACUAAAGAUAUGCUUGGUGAUGCUAGUUCAAAUGUUCAUAUGCAAUAUUUACGUGAAGGUGUUUUAAUGACUGAAGCUGAAGAAAAUAAACUUAAUCAAACAUCAUUUAUUAAAGAAGAGACAGAAUAUCCAAUGUUAGCAGCAAAAGAUCAUUGGACAGAAAGUCGAGAUAAUUUACAUGAUCAACCAACACCAUCAAUAGCACCACAAACUAUUGUUGCUGAUAAUGAAACAAUUACAAGACCACGUCAUGGAGGGGAUCGUUUUCAGUAUCGAUCAUUUUUGGUAAGCUUUUUGGUUGAUGCUCGUGGUGGUGCAAUGCGUGGUUGUCGACAUUCAGGUGUACGAGUUAUAAUUCCAUCAAAACGUGCUAGUAUGCCAACACGAAUAACAUGUCGAUUUGUUAAACGUGAGAAAUUAACGAUGCCACCACCAUUAAAUGAAGGUGAAGCAUUAGCAGCACGUGUUUUGGAAGUUGGACCUGUUGCUUGCAAAUUUCUUGGACCUGUUAUUCUUGAAAUACCACAUUUUGCUUCAUUACGUAAUCGUGAACGUGAAAUUGUUGUUUUACGAAGUGAUAAUGGUGAAAAAUGGACUGAACAUACAGGUCCAACAACAGAUGAAGCAGUACGUGAAGUACUUGGCGAUAUUGUUGAUUCUGAAGAUUUAGAUAAUGCUGAAGAACUUCUUUCACGACGAAUAACACGUAUUAUAACAAAUGAUUUUCCUCGUUAUUUUGCAUUAAUAACACGUGUUCGUCAAGAAGCACAUUUUAUUGAUGAACAAGGUGGUUUAUUAAUAUCAUCAAUAAUGUCAACUAUUCAAGCACAUAUACCAGAAAAAGCCUUACAAAAACGUAUUCGAAUAUCACUUCAUGUUUUACCAAUAUCAUCUCAAUUAGUUCAACGUUCAUAUGGUUCACGUGUUAAUGUAAGUCCUGUUGUUACUGUUGAACCACGUCGUCGUAAAUUUCAUAAACCAAUAACAUUAACAAUACCAUUACCAACUAAAUCAUCAUCAGCAAGAAAAUAUUCUCAUCAACAACAACAACAACAACAACAACAACAUGCAAAUGCAUAUACAAGUGAUUCUCAAACAUUACGUUUAUUAUGUAGUAUAACGGGUGGUACACAUGCUGCACAAUUUGAUGAUAUUACAGGACAUACACCAUUAACAUUUUCAAAUGAUUGUGCCACAUUUACAACAACAGUUUCAGCUCGAUUUUGGUUAAUCGAUGCACAAGGUAUACCAGAUGUAUUAAAAUUAGCACAUGAAAUCUAUCGUGAAGCUAUAUUAGUUCCAUAUAUGUCACGUUUUAUUGUAUUUGCUAAACGACAUGAUAUAAAUGAAGCACUUGUUCGUUUAUUUUGUAUAACAGAUGAUAAAGAAAAUAAAACACUUGAAAUGCAAGAACACUUUACUGAAAUAGCUAAAUCAAAAGAAGUUGAAGUUGUUAAUGGAAAUUCUAUAUAUAUCGAUUUACAAUCAAAUAAUUUACAAACAAUUAUAAAAACAAAUGAACAAUUAACAUUAGUAUUUCGUGCAUUUAAAGAAAAUCGUUUACCAUGUGUUGUUCGUAUACGUGAUUCAGAACAAGAACCAUCAGGACGUUUAGUUUUUUCAAAAGAUUAUGGAAAAUUAACAUCUAUACAACGAACAACAUCAAUUACAAUGACUAAUGGACAACCAUCAUCAUUAUCAUCAACAACAAUUAUUGAUCCACAAACAUUACAAACAAUUUGUAAUUUAAAUAUUAUUAUACCAGCUUAUGAUAAAGAUUUACUUGAGAGCGAAGAGCGUCUUCGAGCUUUACAUUCUAUUGAACAUGAUCGUCAUUCGGAAAGUUGGAAAUCGGAUGAUAUGUAUCGAAAAGGUGAAAUACGUUUAACUGAUAUUGCACGAUUACUUGGAAGUGAUUGGCCAGCACUUGCUGCUGAACUUGAAUUAAGUGAAGAUGAAGUUACAAAAAUUAUGGAUGAAUUUGGAGAAAAUGCUUCAUUACAAAUGUUACGUUAUUGGCUUAAAUCACGAGGAAGUGAAGCAACAGGAAAUUGUCUUCAACAAGCUUUACGUAAAAUUGGAAAAGAAAAUAUUGUUCAUAAUUGUGUAUUUAAUAUUGAAUGGGUUACUGAUGCAGCAGAAAAAGAAUUAGCUAAAGCUCGUCUCAAUAGUCGAGGUGGUAGUGUUGAUGGAACAGCAAUUAGUGGACGACGAUUAGAUGAAGGAUUUGAAAGUGAUGAAGAAUACGAACGUCGUCGACAUGGAAAAUCUAAUUUCUUAACUGAUGAUGCAAAUCGAAUACCAACAACAACAAUUAUAAAAACGAUAACAUUUGAAGAAAUAAAUGAAGAUGAUCUAGGAGGAAAAAAAGCAACUAAUGAAAAUAUUGUUUCACAAUUUAAACAAUUAGAACCACUUAAAAUGGUUAAACGUGAUCAUUCAAAAGAUUUUAUUCCUUCAUCAUCAUCAACAUCAAGUGCAGAUACAAUUGUUACUGUUGCUAUGAGAAAAAGUUUAGGUGAACGUGAUGGUCCUUUACAUUUUGUUGAUUCAAGUAAAGCACCUACACCAGCAUCACGUUAUGGUGGUUAUUAUUCAAUAUAUCAUCCACAGAAUUAUUCAGGUUCAAUAACACCAUUAAAUUAUCAAUCAUAUCCAUUUGAAAUGAUACAUCUUGAAAGUUUAAGAGAAAAAUUAAAUAGAUUAUCACGUGAUAAAGCUGAUCUCGAUGAUCCAUAUGGCACAUUAUCAAAGCAACGAAGUAUAGAUAUAAAUGAAGGACGAAUAACGCCAAAAGCUAGUUCGGAAUUUAAAUCAAAAAAAUCUUCAACAAAAUUAGGUGAUUUUGGUAUUGUUAAUAUUGUUCAAGAAACGACACCAACUUUACCAGAUAAUCAAUCAUAUUUAACAUCAAUUCAAUCAGAUAUAUAUGAAAAACAAACACCAAUACAACAAUUAACUGAACAAACUGUUCAAAUGCUUGAUGAUAUACCACCUAUACGUGCUAAUCAACCACCUGUAAGUGAACGUUUAAUAAAAUCGAAAAUAAUACCUGAACCAGCACGUGCAUUAGCGAAUGCACUAAAACAUGCUGUUGUUAGACCAUUAAAAAAGACGAUAACAAAAAAAAAAUCUUUUGAUGGAAAUCUAUCUGAACAACAAAUAAUACAUAAUCAUCCACCUAUUGUUCAUUCAUUUUCUACUCCAUCAUCAAUACUUAUUGAAAAUAAUGAUCAACAAUUAAAUGAAAUAUCUAUUGAUUCAAAUGAAUCAACAAAUGCAAUUCCAUUAACAUUAUCACCAAUUAAACCACCACGUUUAAGUGAUGAAUCAGGUUCAUCAUCAUCUAUUGAAAUUAAUUCACCACCACCAGCAAAACCACCAAGACAUUUUUCUUUAUAUAAAAAUGAUCAUGAAAAUAGUUUAAUACAACAAACAAAUAAUGUUGUAAAAAAAGUUUUAAAUAUUGUUGAUACAUUUGAUAAUGAUACAAAUAUUUUACGACAAUCAUCAUUAAAUGCAAAUCAAUCACUUAAUUGUCAAAUAUCGAAUAGUUUAAAAAAUAUUGAAACAUUUUCUGUUCAACCAAUUUGUAUUGCAAUAAAUACUGAUCUUUCAUUAAUGACAAAAUCUAUUGAUACUAGUAUAGAUAAACCAAUGACAAUCAAAUCAUUGCCUUCUUCUUCUUCUUCUUCUAUUGAACAAUUGAAUAGUUCAGAAAAAUCAAUAAAUGAAAUCAUUCCAAUUGAAAUAAGUCAAUUGGCUAAAGAUGUAACAGAAAAUAUUUUACAAGAAGUUGAAAAACAAACUAAAUUAACAAAUUUGAAUUCAACUAUAAAUAAUAAUCAACAAAUUUUAUUUGAUAAACUUACGCAAUUAGAACAUGAACAAAUGAAUAAAAAAUCUUGUGAUAAUAUACCAUUAAUUUUUCCUUCUAAAAUUACUACUCAUAUAUUACCUACUCAAACUAUAUCACGUCCAUCGAUGUUUGUUUCAUUGAGUUCUUCAUCAUCAUCAUCAUCUAAUACGACGACUAAAACAAAUUCACCAUUACUUGAUAUUGUUACAACAAAAGCAGCACCUUUAUUUACAACUUCAGUAAGAGUUACUAGUCCAUCAACAUCUAUACUUUCAUCAACAUCAAAAACAAUUACAUUUACCAAUGAUGAAUUAACUAAUACAUCAAAAUUAAUUUCUCAUAGUAAAAAAAUUUCUACUCAUACGAAAGUAUUACAAACUAAUAGUAAACAAGAUAAUCUUGAUUCAACAACAUUAACUUGUUCAUUUCCAUCUGAUUAUGAUAAUUUACAUGGUUCAAGUAGAAGUUUAAAUUAUGAUAAUCAUCAAACAGAAAUCUUAUCAUCAACUAUACCUUCAUCAUCAGAGACAAUGUCAUCAACUACAUCAUCAUCAAUGACAACAAUAUAUGAAAGUUUAGAUAAUUUUCCAUCAUUAUCAUCAUCAACAACAAGUCCAACAUAUGUAUCAGCAGUUAGUACAUUUAAUACAGGUGGUACAACAACACCACAACAUUUAGAUUUUGAUAUAAGUGAUGAAGAUCUUAUUGAAUCAUUUGAUAGUGAAAAAACACCUCAAGUUUCGACGCCUAUAAUCGAAAUAAUUGAAGAUAAUAGCGAACCGAUUGAUGAAUGCGAUAUGACAUUUCUUACUGAAGUUCUUGCUCAAUACAAUCAGAAUCUUCAUCAUCAAGAUAAUCUCGAAACAACAAAUGUUCAAACAUCAUUUAAUAAAGAAGCUCAAAAUGAAUCGAGAAAUCAAUAA